AAGACGGAAACACAGCCACAAAACUCCCGCUGUAGGUCUGUUUUUAUUUAGCCCCCAGUUUCAGCAGAGAGCUAUAUCAGGGGGGGAAAGGGAGGCAACCAGCGGCGGACGGAAGAGGACGCACCACAGCCAGAGCGCACAGUGUUGUGUUUGUUGGACACAUGCAUGCCAGCGAAAACUAGUGCUAUCCAGACCUGAGGAAUUGGUUCAGAUAAGGAGAUAGUGCCGUUUGUGGGGCGGUUUUUGAUAAUCCCACCGAGGAGAUAUCCAAGGGGUUUCCUUCAUUGCUCAGGGGAUUUUCUACUUAUUUGCUCUGAGGGGAAUGCGAGGGAAGGAAAUCCAGCCUCAGCUCCAAAUAACCAGAGACUCCUGACUGGGUCUCCUCUCCAAACGCAGGAAAUACGGCCUGGGGAAAAAAAAGUUUGGGAGCUUUUGGAAACGAGAGGGGGCCUUUCGUUGACAUUUUGCACGCGUUUUACAACGUGAUUUUAAAGUAGCCUCGUACGGUUUUUCGUAUCAAGUGCUUCUGCUAUUCCACAGAUUAAGUUGAUGAAAACCAUUUAAAUGUUACGUUGGUGUUGUUAUUGCAAAAGUUUUGAUCAUCACUAUUUAUAGACCAGCCUGUUCCGACCGAGGCUGUUCCUCUUAGCUGUAUAUUUUGCCAACUGCGCGCAACAAGUUGCAGACACUCCCAGCAGAGGCAAACCUACACUAAUUUGGGUCAGUGGAUGGUAUUUUCUGCGCUUCUUUUUUCGGAUUACGCGUCUUUGAAUAGCACAUACCCCUCCCGACCCCCUCUCUGGAAGGCAGAGGGGGAAUAAACGGUGGAGAUCCGGAGAGGGAGUUCAGGAAAGGACGGGGCUGGAUCCGUGGGAAUAGGCCUGCCUGUCAGGCCUCUUAUGAUCUGGGUCUUGGACUGGACAGGGCUCCCAAAUAACUCUGUCUGGACUAUUUUCACGGGCCCGCUGGAAAAAAGAUGGAAGGAGAAUGUAUGGGAAUAAGAAAUACAAAUCCUUAGCUCAUCGAGCCAUGCAUGAGAAGGGAUGUAGUGGAAGGUAAAGCCGCCUUAAUUACAGCUCACCCACUUUUUUUAAUUAACGGAACGAGACAGUUUCCCCACAUUUUAAGCCGGCAUUAUUUUUUAUAUACAAUAUUGAAAGUAUACAAACUACUUUAUGUUUUUUAUGUGGGAACUGAUUUAAAAAUAUAUGCAUAUUUCCUUACAGUUAUCAUGCUUUAUUGUGGAACAUUCAAACUAUCCACAUAUUUUUUUUUAUUUUAGCACGACUAGCUGUUCAUAACGGAUGUUUUUAAGAGGGGAAAGGACGUGUUAUUGGACCAUUUGUCGCGCAUGUUGUUGAGAUAAGAGGCACAGUGUAACUUUUGUAGCCACUUGCUGUGCACAACGCCAACUGUUGACAGUCUGUAUCUGUCUCUGCUCAUACAAUGAAGCCCUGGACCUGAACGCUGUUUUUCCAACGCAAACGUUAUUUCGGAAUGAAGACAAAUCUGAGCAUUUUUCCUGACGCUGUCUGACUUUGUAAUGUCAGCAGUAUCAAAAUAUUGCGCACAUCCAGAGGAGGUCAUUUCCAGUCAUGUAACGUCAGGACCGACUUGAUGAAGGCAUAAAAACCCCGUUGCAUGACUAACCAGUCCUUUCCGAGAAGGAUGCUCAAUUCAGGAGGCAGAAAGAGUGAUGACAGUGUUUUUACCGCAGCUGGAGAGAAAGCCGGGCUCAAACCCAGAGCCUCUUUGGAGAAGGAUACAUGUAAUGUGAGUACUGACGCAAACCCGGGGUCGGAUAAUGAACUGCUCAAGAAACUGGAACGGUGCGUCUUGUGUGAGUGAGUGUGCAGGCUGCUGUGUGCGUAGCAAAGACGUCUGUGCCGUGCUCACCAUUCAUGCACUGUGAUUAUUCCAACAAACACCUUUGCUCCCUCUCUCUGUCACUCUCUCCCCGCCACAUGUGCACACACGGUGCCCACGCACCGCGUCUAAUUGCCUGAGCGCCAUCAGAAGAUAUAAUUAAUAUUUAACGCCUCCCCCCGCACCCCUCGUUUCCUCGUCACACCGGUCAAUAUGGCUACUCUGCAACAUCACCGGCAGCUUCUCAUGCAUGGCACGGAAGUGAGCUGCGACUCCAGCGGGGAUGGCGCCGUGACCGUGCGGAUUACCAACAGCGCGCCACACGUGCAUCAACAUGAGCCACUGAGGGCUGCCAGCAGUGGAGCAGGGGGAGGAGGAGCUGGAGGCUAUGGGGAUGUGAGUAAGACGAACCCUAACCUCCACAAAUACAGUAUCUCCUCCAGCUGCAGCUCAGCAGACUCCAGACCGGCUAGGACCUCCUUUAGCAGGGUGCGUAGGAAGGCGCCGCCACUGUUUGAACGCUCUGCUGCUCAGUGCUGGGACCCCAAGUUUGACUCCCCCGUCCUGGAAGAUGCGUGCCAAGAGAGGUGCUUUCCUCAGACACAGCGGCGAUUCCGUUAUGUCCUGUUCUACCUGGCCGUGGCAGCUGUACUCUGGGGGGUGUACUUUGGGGUCAAUAGUGACCGCUGCAAUCCCAUGACCUUCCUACUCCCCACAGCCUCCUUUUUAGUCCUCCUAGUGCUCCUCUUUUUGUUCACUUUAACCCAGCCCUACACAUGGCUGUACAACCAAACCUCCCUGCUUCUAAUUGCGGUCACCUUCGCCAUCACCUUAGCUCCACAGAUACAGACGGCUGGCUACACUGAGCUGGAGUGGGCUGGCGGUGGGAAUGCCUCAUUUCCCCCACCAGAUCAAGUAGCACCAUCUCCAACCCCUUGCAUCUCCCCUGUCGGCACCUUUUCCCUGUGCAUGGAGGUUCUGUUGUUGUUGUAUAGCGUCCUCCAUGUCCGUCUGUAUGCCUCAGUGAUGCUCGGGCUCCUGUAUUCUAUAUUAUUUGAGGCAUUGGAAUGGCUGCCAUUGCUUCAAAGGAGUUAUGACAAUACUGGAUGGGGCACAAGCCUCACGGGUUCAGGUUCUGAGUGGGAAGGAGACACUCUGCGCUGGUUGGGCCCGGCCAAAGCUCUGCUCCACCUUUGUGCCCAUGUCAUUGGCAUCCACCUGUUCAUCAUGUCAGAGGUGCGUUCCCGCAGCACCUUCCUCAAAGUGGGCCAGGCCAUCAUGCAUGGCAAAGACUUGGAGGUGGAGAAGGCCUUGAAGGAGCGAAUGAUCCACUCUGUCAUGCCGCGGAGAGUUGCAGAUGAGUUGAUGAAGCAAGGUGAUGAUGAGGGCGGUGGUGAGAACUCUGGCAAGCGUUAUUCCUCGGGAGCCUGCUCUGCCUCAGCUGUCUCAGUGGGUGGUGGAGGAGGUGGUGGAGCUUCACAAUCCCAAAGUGCCACAAGCACCAAGAAUUACCCUUACAACAAUCACAAACGCAAGAAGACCUCCAUCCCCCGUGGACAGAUAAUCUUCCGACCUUUCAAUAUGAAACGCAUGGAACCUGUGAGCAUCCUCUUCGCGGACAUUGUGGGUUUCACUAAAAUGUCUGCCAAUAAAUCAGCACCAGCCUUGGUGGGUCUGCUUAAUGAUCUGUUUGGACGGUUCGACCGGCUCUGUGAACUUACCUGUUGUGAGAAGAUCAGCACUCUAGGAGACUGCUACUACUGUGUAGCUGGAUGCCCCGAGCCCAGGCCAGACCACGCCUACUGCUGUGUAGAGAUGGGCUUGGGCAUGAUCCAGGCCAUCGAGCAGUUCUGCCAGGAGACCUGUGAGACCGUCAGCAUGCGCGUUGGCGUCCACACGGGCACUGUCCUGUGUGGGAUCCUGGGAAUGAAGCGCUUCAAGUUUGAUGUAUGGUCAAAUGAUGUUAAUCUGGCUAACCUGAUGGAGCAGCUGGGUGUGGCAGGGAAAGUCCACCUGUCAGAAGCUACUGCCCGAUUCCUGGAUGACCAUUACCAGAGGGAGGACGGGCGGGUGGUGGAGAGAGCCGGCCAGAGCGUGGUGGAGAAACUGAAGGGACUGAAAACCUACCUGAUCUCAGGAAGGAAGACAGAGCUUGCAGUGCAGUGUGGUUGUUCUCAGGUGGGGCCGUCUGGUGGAGAUCAUGUUGGGGUCGGCCUGUCCUCCUGUUCUCAGCCCCGCACACCGGACCUCAUCCCUGGGGGAGCACAGGCUGCAGAGCCCCCGCUGCCCCACCAACCUCCAGACAGGAUCAGGCCUCCAUGCGUGUCCCGUAGUGUGGUCUUGUCUCCGGGGGCAGAGCAGGGUGAUGACGUGGCUGUGCUGAAUGGCUGCCAGGAGGAGCACAAGACCAGCAGUGCCAAGUUCAUCCCAGGACACUCCCCCAGAGCAGCCAACGGUCUCCUGAGUCCCCCGCUGGAGGAUCCAGUGCGAGCUAGCCAGAGUUCUCUGUGUGACAUGCUCCAGGAGAAAGAGAAGAAGACGAGCACUAGCACGGGGACCGGCACCAGUCUAGGCAUGGCUGCUGGCGGCGCAGGGGCAACGGGCACAGAAAUGGAUCACUCCGCCCUGAUCCAGCUGCGUGAUAAGAACUUCAGAGAAAAGAGUGACGCUCAUUUUGUGGAUGUUAUCAGGGAGGACAGUCUGAUGAAGGACUACUUUUUCAAGCCACCCAUCAACAAGAUCAGCCUCAAUUUCCUCGAGAGACCUCUGGAGAAGGCCUACCGCAGCAGCUACAAGGAGGAGGUGAGGAACCAGGUUCAGGUGCAGACAUUUGCGAGCUCCACCUUUAGCUCCUUCCUGGAUGUUCUCCUCAGCUGUUUUGUCUUCCUGGCCCUGACACUCGCCUGCUUCCUGCCACCCCUGGUGAAGCCCACCACCGCGGGCCCUCCGGCUCCCGCUGCCCUGGCCCUGGCUCCCCUGGCAGGCCUGUUGGAGCUGGCCUCCCUGGUGUUGUCCAUACGUAUGGCCUUCUACCUGGAGGAGGUGAUGAACUGUACCCGCUCCCUACUACUGGUGGUCUCUGGAUGGGUCCCCCGUCACGUGAUUGGGGCUGUGUUAGUCUCCCUCCCUGCCAUCUCUGUCCUGUCCCACCUCACCCGCAGCGUCCACUUGCCCCUCCAGGUGACCAUGUUCCUGUGCUGUGCCACCAUCCUGGCCAUCAUCCAGUACUGUAACUUCUGUCAGCUGAGUUUCUGGAUGCGCUCAGUCCUGGCCACCGCUACGGGGGUCGCCCUGCUGCUCUUGCUGUACAGCCCCUUGCACAGCUCCGGUAAUAACAGCUUGCCAGUUCAUGGACUGAACAUCUCCACAUCCAGUGAUGGCGGUUCAGCAUUAGCCACUCCUGGCCCUGAACCUCCCCCGCGGCCUCUUGACCUCCUGGUGCCAGAGGCCGUCCUGGCCUUCUUCCUGCUUCUUCUUCUGGUCUGGUUUCUCAACCGAGAGUUCGAGGUCAGCUACCGCCUCCAUUACCAUGGAAACGUAGAGGCUGACAAGCAUCGCUUCAAGAUCCAGACGAUGCGAAACCAGGCUGAGUGGUUACUGGGCAACAUCAUCCCCAUCCACGUUGCUGACCAGCUCAAGGUGACACAGAGUUACUCCAAGAAUCACGACAGCGUGGGCGUGAUUUUUGCCAGUAUCGUAAACUUCAGCGAGUUCUAUGAAGAGAGCUACGAGGGUGGAAAAGAGUGCUACCGUGUCCUCAAUGAGCUUAUCGGAGACUUUGACGAGCUCCUUCGCAAACCCGAAUUCAAAAGCGUGGAAAAGAUCAAGACAAUCGGCGCCACCUACAUGGCAGCGUCGGGACUGAACGUCCGGCAGUUUGCAGAGAACGACGAUGACUCUCUACAAGCUCACUUGAGGGCACUUUUUAACUUUGCCCUGGAGAUGAUGGGUGUCCUGGACGACUUCAACAAGAAUAUGCUGGGUUUCGGUUUCAAGCUCCGUAUUGGAUUUAACCACGGGCCGCUGACAGCGGGGGUGAUCGGCACCACUAAGCUGCUCUAUGACAUCUGGGGAGACACGGUCAACAUUGCCAGCCGCAUGGACUCCACCGGGGUGGAGUGUCGGGUGCAGGUGAGCGAGGAGAGCCAUGCUGUGCUCUGUGCCAUGGGCUUAGAGUUUGACUAUAGAGGUACAGUGAAUGUUAAGGGCAAAGGUCAAAUGAGGACCUUUCUGUACCCCAAAAGUGGGGAAAGUAUAUGUCACGAUCAAACGGAGCUGGGCGCCACUGUCGGACCCUCGUUCGUGGCAGCAACUGCCAUUAAGACUUCUGUUGCCCAAGCAGCAGCUCUUCCUCCCCCUUCUUCCACUCCUCCUCCUCCUCCCUCCUCUCUUUCCACACUCCCUCCUCAACCACAAAGUGCUGAAAGGCCUUCGAGAGCAGGGCCUGAGCCUGUCCAAGCUAAGUCCACAGAGGUGAGGGAGGAGGGAUAUAGGGACCCUCCACACCUCCCCGGGCAGUCCGCUGCCACAGACCCUCACACCCCUCCCCCCUCUGAACUGGGCCCAGAGCUUAGUGCUGCACAAGUGCCCUCCCAGGUGCAGCCUGCUCCUCUGGCACUUCAAGAGGUGGAGGAUGAAGAGGCGGAGGCCAACGAGCUGACUAAACUCAACGAGGAGUUUUAUGCUCGUCUCUGAUCCCUCCUCUCCUCUCUCCCUGUCUUCUGUCCCGCUGCUGCCCCCAGCUGCUGACUCUCCAGGACCGAUUGCAGGUGCGGGCAGGAGGCCCUUCCUUUAAGCGUGGGUGAGGUGUCUUCGACAUGGAAGAAGAACAGGGAGUUUGUCACUCCAACACAAACAGUGGCUACAGUGGCUAUAAAAAUGACUACUCACGUGUUUCAUGGUUUUGCUGCCUGAGUGCUGGGGCCGGUUAGACCUGUGUUGAGCACAGCAGUGUGUACGGGAGAAGGCUGAAAGGGGUUCAGAGGGAAGGAAGAUCUGUUGGUGUUGUUCUUGAUGUUGUUUCUUAUUCAUUUUUGUUAUCAAGUGCCUUCAGGACUAGAACAGUGAAUGAACAAAUAUGAACAAAGUUUUAAACAAUCUUAGACUACGGAACAUGCUGUGGUUUCUUACUCCAUGCUUUUAUUUUCAAUGCAAGUAUUUCUUUAAAAAAAUCAUUAUUGUUGUGCCAUAUCAUUUGUUUUAACUUGAUCAAAGUCUUGACCUUACUUAAGGGAAAAUUAUUUUAGAUUCUAUAUAAGUGCCAGUGCAGCAUGAUGGGCUGAGCAGGGAACUAUGGGAAGAAUGAGGGAAUCACAUGAAGCAGUGUUAAUUUAUGUAUUCUGCUUUGACAGGAGGGCUUAAUACAGUAUUCAUUUGUGCUAGAGUCUCUGUAAAGGGGGACGUGCUACAAAGCAAGCUGCAUAGAUUUUAGUUUGUGUAGCAGCUAAAUGCAUAUUUUAAGCACAGGUCUUGCACAGUGUUUUGUCGACCACUUGUAUUUGGUAGUUAUUACCGUGAAAUAGCUUUUAAAAACAUUUUAAACAGAGUUCUUGUCUGUCACAACGAGUACAAUCAAAAGCACAAAAUCAAAUCAGAUAAGGGAAUACAGAUUUGGCAGAAAGGGUAUUUUUAAACAGUGAGAUCAUCACAAAAGCAGUGGCUAAUAAGGCACUUUAAAUAUACUUGAAGUGAUACUCCACCUAAGAUGUGUCUGCUCAGUAUGAAACUCACUCACCCUGUAGACCUAAAAAAAAAAAGUUUCAACCAAUCCUGCAGCAUAAUCCAUCUCUCUGCUGUCCUUCUAUGUGCAUGCUUAGUGGGUUUCAGUCAUAUUUCCAUCACAGAGAGGCUAAAUGCUCAUCUUCAGUCUUCUUGCAUGACCCGGUCUGGUUUUUCACUGGUCAGAACAAUUCAAAUGGUGUCACUCAUAGGCGAGACUGAAAGCUGCUGGGCUGUGUAAAAGAGAAAACUACGAACUUGUUGCACCUACCUUUACCAAUAGAUAUUAUAUGUUUUUGCUUUCCACCAAAAAAUACAAACAAAAACAAAUUAAAACACCAAAACCAACAUGUGUUGGUGGUGCAUUUCCCCAUACUUCCCUUCCCUGUUGGCAUCAGUCUCAACGGCUGGGCAUUAUCAUUAUAGCAGACAGUAAAAUACUGUUAGGAAAGAAAGGGAAACUUUAGUAUUUUUCAACCUGGACCCCAUUUUCCCAUGUUUUUUGUCAAAAUAACAACAAUUAUUUGUUCUGAAAUCCCGACAGGUGACUUAUUACCUGAGGACAAUGGUGGAAAUGUGAGUGAGAGGGUUGGAGAGACGAGUGACAGGAAGACUUUGUUGUGUUGGAGUACAGAAAGCAUAGCUUCGUAUUAUCUGAAUGAUUUAUAAAUUAUAAGUUAUGGCUGAACAGUUAGAUGAUUUCCACAAUGUUGAAGAGGCCACAGAGGGGUUUAGAACGACACUUCACAAUAACAAACAGACCGGGUCAAGCGAGAAGUUAAAAAAAAAAAGUUUUUAUUUCUCAGUAGGGUCCUUGCCAAAAUAUUGUCAGACAGUUAUAAUUGCAAUCCAAUCUGAGCCUGUCAGUGGCAAAAACAGCACUUUUAGUGGGCAUACUAAAAGUGAGUAUUUCUAGCUGUAGGAUGGUGUAUGUAAGAUUUACUCAAAAUGAAACUACAGAGCCCAUGUUAGUCAUAAUUUAGGAAUAUGUCAUGAAAGUGUUUUUCUAGUUUUAGUCAACAGAGCCGUAAGGCACAAAGGGACAAGAUUUUGAGGAACCUAAACCUUUAAAUGUGGGGUGAGAGUUUGGUAGUCAAAAGAUUUUGAGUGGAGUAUCACUUGAAGUGGAACUGUGAGGGACAAUCACUGUGUAGUUCUUGAUAGAUGAUAGGGUGGUCCACAUUGCUGUUGGUUAAAGUGUCAAAGCACAGAUCAGCUACAAACCUCACACUCCUUUAGUUCCAUUCGUUGCCUUCUUCACCGGAAGAAAAAACAAACAUUGGUCAGUCCAUCACUUUAGAUUUAUUCUGUAGCUAAGCGUUGUCUGCCUUUAGCUGUGUGAUUUGCUGUUGAAGGGGUGGGACUUUUAACUUUAUCCUGUCACAGCCUUUAUAUGGAGGGGGCCCUCUACUGUAUCAUUAUACUUAAAUUGUGCCACUUUAAUUGAGUGAUCUAUAGGUGCAGUGCAACCUAAACUAGCUGAUUGUUUGUGGUGCCUAAAAAAGUAUGACUGUAUUUUUUUGGAGUAUUUUGGUUUUCAGAAAGUUUUUUUUUUAUCAUGCUGUUUUCAUAAUGAGGAUAGAUUGUGAUUGUUUGUUUGAGGAAAUUAUGCUCGUUGUGCAGGUUUUGCUGCAUAUCCUUUUUUUUUUUUUUUUUACAAAUUCCAUCUUUUUUUUUUCUCUUUUCCAGUUCUUUCACUCUGUCAUUGGUGGUGUUCUCAUCAAAUAGCUGGCACCUCUGUAGUUCUCUUUGCUCUUUACUCACUUCAUGCUUUGUCUUUACCCCUUAAAGCACUUCUGUCCCCCUAACUUGCAUGUAUGUGCGUGAGAAAGAUAUUUAAUUUCUACUCCAACAAUCAGCAACAAUAUGGAAAAGAUCACUGUAAUGUGAUGCAAAAGGAAAUCAAUCAACUCCACAGCCACUGUUUAACUGUUUUUGUUUUUUUUGCUGUUGCUGCCAUAUCUGUAGAGGAAUUACAUGCACAAAGCUGCUUUUGUUAAAAUUGAGAUAAAAAAGCUCUGAAAUUUGGAAUCUGUCCUGCAAACACAUAUCACUGCCAUAAGUUUGAGAGACAGGUCAACACUUGGGGCAAAUAAUCUUGCCUUGAUGAGCAAGCACAUUUAGCCCUUUUCCACCAAUGUGGAGUAGGUUUGUGAACCUAAUUUUGAACCAUUGGGAGCAUUUAGACCAAAAAGAAAUUGGUUUGGAACCUGAAAAUGGGUGUGGACCUUCAGUGGGUGUGGCUUACUCUAGGCUGGAAAGAGAGGAUAGAGUCAUGCAUGUAAUAGUCUUCUACUUCUUCUAGGUGCAUGCAUGAUUUGGGGAUAAAAACAAUUACACCCUCUGUUGAUGACAUGUCCUUGGUUACAAUGAUUCUACUUAAAACUAAUAAAAACUCGGGCUGGAUCACUAGAGAGGACCGUGGUCCCAUAAACCCUGAACAGAACAGAACAGGUUCAAGAAGCAGAGCUUAUUUGGUGGAAAAGUGGUAAUAGAUACGGAGAUGACAUAAAAAAAAAGGAGGAACCAUUUCUAUCUAUGUAGCAGUCUCCAUCUGUAGCAUAAGCAUUUACCUCUACCAUUGUGCACUCCAAA